CUAAAUUUCCAUGGCUGGGACGCACCAAUAAUCAUCUGUCGGCCAUGAGUUGACUCUCUUUAAGUCAGGUCCAUGGAAGAUGAUGCAGGGAAGGAAAAGUGGAAUCGGCCUGCAACCUUCCCAGGAAUUAAAUUUUCUUUCUAAAAAACUUUCAUGGAAAAUCCAUCAUUCAUUGUAACUGUUACAGCUUGAGAGAUUAUCUUCCAGUUCAAUCUUUGUAAUUCAAGCUAGUUUUUCCCAGCAUGGAAAAUCCUCUGCGCUAUUUGCUUCUGCUUUUGCCUCUUCUGCUGCUGCUGCCUGUUUCAAGCGUUGCUCAAUCUUCUGGGAACAAUAUUACUUUGGGCUCAUCCCUCACUGCUCGGGACAAUGAUUCGUGGGCAUCCCCAUCUGGAGAAUUUGCUUUUGGAUUCCAAGAGAUUAUACCUGGAGGGUUCUUACUAGCUAUCUGGUUCGACAAAAUACCUGAAAAGACCAUAGUUUGGUCAGCCAAUGGCGAUAAUCUAGUGCAGACAGGAUCCAGGGUUGAGCUUACCAGUAAUGGUGAGUUUGUGCUGAAUGACCCAUCAGGGAAAGAGGUUUGGAGGGCUGAUUCUGGGGGGACUGAAGUCAGCUAUGCAGCCAUGCUCGACACUGGAAACUUUGUGCUGGCGAGCCAAGAAUCCAGCAAUCUGUGGGAGAGUUUCAGUCAUCCAACAGACACGAUCUUACCAACCCAGAUACUGAAUCUAGGCAGCCAACUUGUUGCUCGUUUCUUGGAGACGAAUUACUCAAAUGGAAGAUUCAUGUUUGCGUUACAAAGCGAUGGGAAUCUAGUGCUUUACACCACUGAUUUCCCAAUGGAUUCUAACAAUUUUGCUUAUUGGUCUACUCAGACAAUGGACAGUGGAUUUCAAGUGAUCUUCAACCAGUCUGGCCGCAUCUAUCUUAUAGGGAGGAACAGAAGCAUACUCAAUGAUGUGCUGUCAAAUGAGGUGAAUAUGAGAGAGGAUUUCUACCAGAGGGCAAUUCUUGAAUAUGAUGGGGUUUUCAGGCAAUAUGUCUACCCAAAAUCUGCAGCCUCAGGGACUAUGGCCUGGUCCUCCUUGUCCAAAUUCAUACCUGAAAAUAUCUGCACGAGAAUUGGAGCGAGUACCGGCGGUGGAGCUUGCGGGUUCAACAGCUACUGCAGACUGGGAGACAAUCAGAGACCCAGUUGCCACUGCCCUCCUGGUUACACCUGGUUGGAUCCACUUGAUUCUUUGGGUGGAUGCAGACAGAACUUUGUACAGCAGAGAUGUGAUGCAGGAACACAAGAAGCGGGCCUGUUUUAUUUUUCAGAGAUGCUGGGUGUGGAUUGGCCGUAUGCCGACUACCAACAUUUUAAAGGUGUAACUCAGGAUUGGUGCAGGCAAGCCUGUUUGGGUGACUGUUUCUGUGCUGUGGCCAUUUUCAGAGAUGGGGACUGCUGGAUGAAGAAAGUCCCUCUCUCAAAUGGGAGGUAUGAUCUUAGCAAUGAAAGAAGAGCUAUGAUUAAAGUGAGGAAGGAUAAUUCUACCUUGCCACCCAUAGAUGAAGGUUCGAAGGGGAAGGAUCAGUCAACUUUGAUCCUCACUGGAUCGGUGCUGCUCAGUAGCUCAGCGUUCUUUAACUUUCUCUUCCUCCUAGCAAUUGUUCUGUUCAUCCGCCGCUGCAAGCACAGAAAAACAAGUGUUCUUCAGACAUCCCCAGCCAUGGAGGGAACAAAUCUCCGGAGCUUCACUUACGAAGAGCUAGAAGAAGCCACCAAUGGAUUCAGAGAUGAACUGGGGAGCGGGGCUUUUGCAACAGUUUACAAAGGGGCUCUACCCCAUGAUGAUGGAAUCAAUUUGAUUGCAGUGAAAAAGCUGGAGAGGAUGGAGAAAGAAGGAGACAAGGAAUUUGGGGCAGAAGUGAAAGCAAUUGGCCGGACAAAUCACAAGAACCUAGUCCAACUCCUGGGGUACUGCAACGAGGGGCAACACCGGCUUCUAGUAUACGAGUUCAUGAGCAAUGGUUCUUUGGCAACCUUCCUAUUUGGAAAUUCAAGGCCAGAUUGGUGUAAAAGAACACGGAUCAUCCUAGGAACUGCAAGAGGGCUCUUGUACUUGCAUGAGGAGUGCAGCACCCAGAUCAUACACUGUGACAUCAAGCCUCAAAACAUACUUUUAGAUGACUUUUUAACAGCAAGGAUUUCAGAUUUUGGGCUAGCCAAGCUUUUGAAGACGGAUCAGACGCGAACCAUGACUGGAAUCAGGGGAACCAAAGGGUAUGUUGCGCCUGAAUGGUUCAAGACAGUGCCUGUUACAGCCAAGGUUGAUGUUUACAGCUUUGGGAUUGUGUUGCUAGAGAUCAUUUUCUGCAGGAAGAACUUCGAACCCGAUGUAAGGGAUGAAAGUCAGAUGAUCCUGGCUGAUUGGGUGCAAGACUGCUACAAAGAGAAGAGAUUGGAUUUGCUGGUAGGAAAUGAUGAAGAGGUAUUUGGUGAUAUGGAGAAACUGGAGAAGUUUGUGAUGAUAGCAAUAUGGUGUACGCAGGAGGAUCCAUCUCGAAGACCCACCAUGAAGAAAGUUGUGCAAAUGCUAGAAGGAGCUGCUGAAGUUUCUAUUCCUCCAGACUCAUCUUUCUCAUCUGCCAGUAGUUCAAUCUAAUGCUAAUUUCCAUUUGGGUAUGUAUUUUCGGUUACUGUUCAGUGACAAACAAAGGAGACAGUUAUGUUGUGCUCCUAGCAUAUGAAUAAUCCAUAUGGUUUUGGAUCAUUUUUUACAUCAA